CCACAUCCACUGGAGUCUCAACAUCUCUUUGAUCUUUCCUUAUUCUCUACUCGAUUAAUUGCUUCGAUUCGCGCAAAAGAUAGAACGUCUGCAGUUUGAUAUCGUAAAAGCAAUGGAGUGGUGGAGCAGCAAGAGGAAGACAUGGUGGGCAGUGUUGUUGGGUCAGGCCGUUUCGCUAUCCCUUGCUCUCAGCGGCUUCAGCACCUCCCUCCUAGCCACUAUGGGUUUUGAUGCGCCCAUAACUCAGAGCUGCUUCGGUUACUUCAGUCUAGCCUCGGUUUACGGCGGCAUUCUGCUUCACAGACGCCAUACACUGCAGGUUUCUUGGUAUUGGUAUCUGCUAGUCGGAUUUCUGGAAGUGCAGGCCAAUUUUCUACGGACCAAAGCGUACCAGUUUUCCUCAAUUACCAGUGUCACACUGUUGGUCUGCUUUACCAUACCAUGGGCCAUCAUUCUAACUAGGUUGUUCCUGGGCACCCGCUACUCGAUCCUGCAGCUGGUUGGUUCAGCGCUUUGUGUAGUUGGUCUUGCUCUAGUUCUCUUAUCAGACGCUGAUGGCGGUGGAGGUGGCUCGAUGCCUCUUCUGGGUGACACGCUAGUGAUUGGGGCAUCGAUCUUCUUUGCCUUCUCCAAUGUUGGUCAGGAAUUCAUUGUCAAGGACAGAGGUCAGAUGGAGAUGGAGAUGUUGUCAAUGCUCGGAGUUUUUGGGUUUCUUUUCAGUUUGGUGGAGCUAUCUGCAUUUGAGUUGCAGAGUCUAGGGUCAGUGAACUGGUCUGUAGAUAUGAUAUGGGCAAUUUCUGGCUACACGCUCUCGAUGUUUUGUUCAUACUCCAUUAUUCCUUGGAUUCUCAAGUGGAGUGGAGCCACAAUGUUCAAUCUCUCCAUCCUCACUAGCAAUAUGUGGGCGGUUGUUAUUCGAACCUUCUUCUACCACCAGAAUAUGGACUGGCUAUACUUUCUUGCCUUCGCAGUUGUGAUUCUUGGGCUAGUCAUUUACGCCAUAAAUGAGAAGGACCCAGUCGCUAAGCAUGAAGUAGACAAUGAGAAUUUGAGUUCAGAAUGCCAACGGCUAGUUGCUGAUGAAAAUCCAGAGGCAGUUGCUGCUGGAAAUCAAUGUUUAGUUCCAUGAAACAGGUUCAGGACCUCAUCAGUAUCACUACUCAACGGACAUCCGCAGUGUCAGUAGUUAGAACUUAGAAACAGAGAAAUUGUCGAAGAUGAUUAGGGUCUGCCAUGCAUUCUGUUGACAAAGAUAGAAGCAUAAUGUCAUUCAGAAGCCUUGUUGUAAAUGAAUGCUCAGCUCCAAAUCACCAGACUUCUAAGUUAGCGAUCAUUUCGAAUAAAUCUGUACUGACGUCUCUUCAGAUAUGGUUGCCAGUCUCUUCACUCUGAAUCACCAGUCUUCUAAGCUAGCCAUCAUUUCGAAUAGCUAUUAAUCUCUAGUGA